AUGAGUGGGAGAAUACUCUCCCAUAGGCUGGGCCCUCUCUUGCGAAACGGUCACCUAGCUCGCCAUAUUCAUAAUGCAGGGUCAAGGACCGGUGGCCUGCUACGCGCAAACAGUGGCGCUGUUAGAGGACGCGCCUGGCCGAUAGGCUCGAAUUCGAUUCACAAUGUUCCAGCAGUCCGAUCAAUCUCGUUUGCUCGCAUGCUUCCAAAGCUGGCCAUGAAGCUAGUCAGGAUUCCAGCUAUGUUUGGCGGUGCAACUGUCGCGGGUCUGGCAUAUUUCCAGUACCAAGCAACCCAGGCCGGCAAUUAUGCGAUGGAUAUCUUCAGGCAAGCUUCGGAUACUGCGGGGAACACAGCGUCAACCUUGUUCCAAGGACUGCAAGAUGCAGCUGAGCAGACGCAACGCGGGUGGAACAAAACAACUGAGGAUAUUGAGGUCCCAGAAUGGCUGCAGAAAAUCCUCCGCAUUGACGAGGAGUCCGAGUCACGGAAGGGUAAUUCGUCUGGGGGAGGAGGCAAACCGAACGAAAGUCGAGCUGGGACUGCCGCUGCUGCUGCAGCUACUACAACGGCAUUUGGCUACGACCAGUCCGGCGAGGAAGAUACACGCUUGGAAAGGGACGCUGCGGAGGAUGACCAGAUGAUGCUUCUCACGCGCAAAAUGAUUGAAAUUCGGAACAUUCUUCAGACAAUCGGUCAAUCCGGUACCCUUACACUUCCAUCGAUCGUUGUCAUCGGCUCCCAAUCCUCUGGCAAGAGUUCAGUCCUCGAAGCUAUCGUCGGUCAUGAAUUCUUGCCCAAGGGAUCCAACAUGGUGACUCGGAGACCCAUUGAGCUGACCUUGGUCAACACUCCCAAUGCCCAAGCAGAAUAUGGCGAAUUCCCAGCGCUGGGCCUUGGAAAGAUCACAGACUUCUCUCAAGUUCAACGCACACUCACAGAUCUCAACCUUGCUGUCCCGGAAAAGGACUGUGUGUCAGAUGAUCCCAUUCAGCUCACAAUCUAUUCACCUAAUGUUCCGGAUCUUUCAAUGAUUGAUUUGCCAGGCUACAUUCAGGUUGCAGGCCACGACCAACCUCCUGAGCUCAAGCAAAAGAUCGCCGACCUUUGCGACAAAUACAUCCAACCUCCCAAUGUCAUCUUGGCGAUCUCUGCCGCCGAUGUCGAUUUGGCAAACUCCACGGCGCUUCGGGCCAGUCGUCGUGUCGAUCCUCGAGGUGAACGUACCAUUGGUGUGAUCACUAAGAUGGACCUUGUCAGCCCCGAACGUGGACGCGACAUACUUUCCGAUAAGAAAUAUCCUCUUCGUCUUGGUUACGUGGGUGUCAUCAGCCGCAUCCCUCAGACAAAUGCCCUUUUCUCCAGAGGCUCUGGAAAUAUCACUAGUGCUAUUCUCAAGAACGAGCACGCGUAUUUCUCUGCGCAUCCAGGCGAAUUUGGUCCACACUCAGAAGUCUCAACUGGUGUCUCAACACUACGCAAGACGCUGAUGCAGGUUCUUGAACAAACUAUGGCGUCCAGCUUGGCCGGAACAAGAGACGCUAUUAGCCAAGAACUCGAAGAAGCAACCUACGAGUUCAAAGUCCAAUAUAACGAUCGACCGUUGAGCGCCGAGUCCCACUUGGCGGAAAGCCUUGAUGGUUUCAAGCAUUCUUUCAAGGCCUUCGCGGAGAGCUUUGGUCGACCGCAGGUUCGGGAGAUGCUCAAGUCAGAAUUAGAUCAAAGGGUCAUGGACAUUCUGGCGCAGCGUUACUGGAACAAGCCGGUCGAGGACAUGGAUGUGCCAAUGUUGGAGUUGGAUCCCCUUAAAGAUCUUCCCAAGGCCGAUCCUGAGUCUCUCUACUGGCGCCGGAAGCUGGAUGCUUCUACUUCAUCGUUGACCAAGCUUGGAAUUGGUCGGCUGGCCACAACCGUUGUUGCCAAUGCUCUUAACAACCAUGUGGACUCACUACUCGCAUCUUCCACGUUUGCGUCUCACCCUGGCGCCCAUAAGCAGAUCACGGAUGCUUGCACUAGUAUUCUCAACGACAGAUUUUUCAGCACUAGUGACCAGGUCGAAAACUGCAUCAAACCCUAUAAGUUUGAGAUCGAAGUUGAAGAUCCCGAAUGGGCCAAGGGUCGAGACAAUGUGGGCCGAGUUCUCAAGGAAGAGCUCAAAUCCUGCGAAUCGGCCUUGAAGCACGUAGAAGACGUGAUUGGUAAACGCAAACUCAGAGAUGUCAUUGCAUUCAUCGACAAAGUACGCAAAGGCGAUGUUGUAUUGGAAGGCAAUGGCGAGGGCGGUGCGGGUGGCUUCAGUGCUGCCUUGUUGGAGAGAGGCCGAGAGGGUCUGUUCCUCCGCGAUCGAGCCGACCUCAUCAAGAUGAGACUACUGGCCGUACGAUCUAAGCAAUGUGCCACCCAAAAGAACAAAUAUUACUGCCCAGAGGUAUUCCUGGAUGUCGUCGCCGACAAGCUCACUUCGACGGCCGUUCUGUUCCUCAAUGUUGAGCUCCUCUCCGAAUUUUACUAUAAUUUCCCACGCGAGCUUGAUUCCAGACUUGGUCGCCACCUCUCUGACGCAGAAGUUGAGCGCUUCGCCCGCGAGGAUCCCCGCAUCCGCCGUCAUCUGGAUAUCAUCCGCAAGAAGGAGCUGUUGGAGUUGGCUCUGCAGAAAAUCGAGAGCAUUCGACAGCUUGACGGCCGCAAUCGAAAGCCCGAGCGUGCGCCUCCUGGAAAGGAAACACGCAGCCGUUGGAACCUCUUCUAG